UGGAACCCCAUCCCGUGCAAAACUGCAGCAUUUUCAUAGCAUGAGCUUGAUUAGGCUACUCAGUGAGAAAGGACCCCUUCUUAGCCCACUCUUCAAGCGCUGCGCUCUGAUAAUGACAGCCCUAGGCAAAACUGACAGCCCUAGACAAAACGGUUGUUAUGGACGGAGGUCGAGAGAGGAGUUAGUUAGUGAUUGUUAGUCUUUCCUGGUGCAGCAUGUUGCACGGGGGUCUCUCGCUUUAUCAGUCCUCAGGAUGGGCAGUUGGAGGGAUUGAGGACGCUGCGCCGCCAACAACAAUAAUUCACUCGUUUUUGGAGAGACCAAACGACUAGCAGAGAGCUUGGCGUCGAUAAUUUAGGCUAAUUUCAGGUGGAGUUUGCCUUUAUUGCAUGUGAAGUUCUAUGCUGGAAUGUCAUUUUUAAUACAGAGAGUUUUCUUGUGUUUGGAGCGUUUUCGUGUUUGAAGAACCUGCAGAGCUACUUUUGGAACAAAUUACGCAUACGAAGAGGAUGGUGUUUUACAUGUAGAGUGAAAGUUUUACUCUGCGCGCUGUUGGGUCAUUAUUGUAUUACAUUUUUGUAGUUUUUUUCUGCUUUGGAAACUAUAUUCAAGAAUAAAACAGUUUUAAAGUUCUGGACUGCAGGGGAAAUGGCCAGCGAACUGAAACCACGGCUUUGUAUCAUGACAAAGAGUGAGAACGGGUACGGGUUUCACCUGCACGGUGAGAAGGGGAAGACCGGCCAGUACAUUCGCAAAGUAGAGCCCGCAUCGUCAGCGGAAGCGUCGGGGCUGCGCGCGGGGGAUCGUGUCAUUGAGGUGAACGGGGGAAAUGUGGAGAAAGAUACGCACCAUCAAGUGGUACAGAGGAUCAAGGCGGUGGAGCAGGAGACCAGGCUGCUGGUGGUGGACCGGGAGACAGAUGAGUACCUCCGCAGCCUGCGCCUCGUCUGCACCGAGGAGAUGGCUGUCCGCCUGGGGGGACCCACCUCUGUGUCCCCCGCCUCACCCCCAGCCUCACCGCCUCCCUCCUCGCCCCCGGCCUCCUUGCCCGCCGCCAAGAGAGAGAACGGGUCCGUGUCCAAGCUGCCCGCCACCCUGACUAGAGAGGUGCCCAAGCCCACGCGAAGGUCUCCGUCGCGGGCCGCCAAGAAGGAGGCUCUGGCCCAUGUUAAUGCCCAUGCCCAGGCAGCGCGGCCACCAGUGGACCCAUCAGAGCUGUUCCCCAGGCUGUGCCACCUGGAGCGGGCCGAGACGGGCUACGGCUUCAACCUGCACAGUGAGAAGUCCCGGCCGGGCCAGUACAUCCGCUCCCUGGACCCUGGGUCUCCAGCCGACCAUGCUGGGCUCAGACCACAGGACAGACUCAUAGAGGUGAAUGGGGUGAACGUGGAGGGCAUGCGUCAUGCGGAGGUCGUGGCCUUCAUAAAGAGAGGAGGAGAUGAGACCAGGCUUCUGGUGGUGGACCCUGACACAGACCAUCACUUUAAGAAGAUGGGCGUCACCCCAUUGGCCAGCCACGUCAAAGACUAUGAUGGUCCGUCCAUAUCCAACGGCUCCCCCAGUUCUCAGAUCAACGGCAGCUUCACCUCCCGCUCCAUCCAGUCACACCACUCUGACCUGAACAGUCCAGAUAACAGCCUGCAGCUGGGAGAGGACGAGGUGGGCCGUCUGAUGGACCCGUUUGCUGAGAUCGGCCUGCUCCUGAGUCCCACGGCGGCCGAGGCCAAAGAGAAGGCCCACGCCAAGAGAGCCAAGAAGAGAGCCCCUCAGAUGGACUGGGACAAAAAACACCAGCUCUUCAGCAACUUCUGAACUUUUCUGCCACCUAAUGAGAGAAACAGAAAGACUGUCAAUUUUCAGACAUUUCUGAAACAUACGUUCAACAUCCCUACCCAGUAUCCUACCACCACUACCACCCAAUCCAACAAAAGAGAAUAUGCAGAUAGAAUGUUGUUCUAUGAAUGUUGGCAAUCCAACACCCACUCACCCCUGCCUUUCACCCCUCAUCCAAAUGGACUGGAUGGAACGAUGGACAUAGAUCAUGAGACCUAUCAUUCCUAUCUCGUCCUUUACCCCUCCUUCAAUCCUCCCUUCUUCCACCCCUUCCCUAUACCCCCCAUCCCACCCCAGAGAGAGCUUGUCUCCACAUAAACUGCUGGACUGGAAUAAGGCUAUAAGAGACUCAAGAUUACCAGCUUCAUCUGAAUCCUCCUGUCAUCAUCCAUCCUUCCCCUCAUCCUUCUUCCCCUCAUCCCUUCUUCCCCACAUUCCUCUUACCCCUCAUCCUUCUUCCACUCAUCCCUCUUUCCCCUCAUCCCUCCUUCCCCACUUCCCUCCUUCCCCUCAUCCCUCCUUCCCCUCAUCCGUCUUCCCCUCAUCCCUC